UGUGCUUUAGUAUGUACGCAACAUCAAUUGUUGCUGAGAAACACGCUCGGUCUUUCGAAGUGUGUGGUUGCAAGUGCUGCCAAAAUCGAGCAAUGGCUCUAGUAGCUUCCAAAGAGAAACGGGAGAAGAAGAUUCUGCCCGAAUACCAGGACACUCGCUGCGGAUUCCCAAUUGCGAAAAUGUUCUCCAUCGACGCGUUCGAAUCUGCCCUCAACUACAGGCCUCGCCCUGACGACUUAUUCAUAGUGACUUACCCCAAAUGUGGCACCACAUGGGUGCAGAAUAUCGUCGCCUGCAUCUUCAGGGAAGGUAAACCGUUCGAAAGUGCUCUGGAAUUCCUGAGCAAUACUCCUUUUCUAGAAAUGGCAGGAGCAGAGGCGGCUGAAACCAUGCAGAGGCCAGGAGCCAUCAAGUUGCAUUUGCCAUUUCAGUACACUCCUUGGUCUGACCAAGCCAAGUACAUCUUCGUAGCCCGAAAUCCAAAGGACUGCUGCGUGUCUUUUUACCAUCACACAAGGAACAUGGUAGGAUACAAGUUUAAGAACGGAAGCUUCGACGAUUAUUUCGAACUCUUCAUGCAGGGAAAAGUGGAUUUCGGAGAUUAUUUUGACUGUUUGCUGUCCUGGUACGAACACAGGAACGAUCCGAAUGUACUGUUCAUCACUUACGAGCAACUCAAAAAAGACACCAGAGCCAAUAUAUUGAGAAUCGCUUCAUUCAUGGGAGGCAAAUAUAAGGAUAUGCUAGAAAAUGAUGAAAAAAUGCUUGAAGCAGUGUUAAAAUACAGCAGCUUUGAUUUCAUGAAGGAAACUCUGAAUAAGCAAGUAGCAGAGCUGGCUACCUUGCCUCGCGAUUACGUGCAGAACCACCCGGAUAUACCCCAGGGGCUGAAGACAAUCCUAGGAGCUGGUGACAACUUCUUUGAUUCGGAUCCCAAUGCCGUUUCAUUCGUCAGACGAGGGAUUGUAGGCGACUGGAAAAAUCACUUUUCAGCAGAUCAAAACAGAAGAUUAGAAGAAAAAUUUAAAGAAAGAACUAGAGGCACCGAUAUACCGGAGCUGUGGAAAGAUGAUAUGUAAAAAGUGUAUGCAUGUGUACUAGGGUGGUUCAAAAAAACUUUUUUUCAGCUAGAGUCCAGGACAAGCCCUAUUUUUUUUAAAGACUUACUAAUAGUAUUAUGCUGUAUAAAAUUUAGCUUCCUACUCAAAUUUUAAGAGGGUGCUCAAUGACCCCUCAAUUUAACAUAAGCUGUAGAAUAGAAAAUGUCACAAAUUUAGAAUUAUUUAAUUUCCCCAGCUGUUUUUGUGAAUAAUUUUUUAUUGCAAAGUAUAUGCAUAUUAAUCGUGUAUAUUAUAAUAUACAGUGGCUCUCCAAAGUGUUCGUACACCUUGAAAUUCUGCAGUAAAACUAAAAUAACGCGAAAUGAAAUUCGAAUAUGAAGUCCUUUUUUUUUUCCACGCCAUUCCUAUGCCUUUCUAAGUAAAACCCAGUAGUUUUGUUCAAAAUAUUGCCUGAUUUUAUUUUUGAAAUUUGUCAAAAAACGAAGAGACAGAGAAAUAAUACGCCACAAAAGUUAUCGUGCACUGAAAUAUUUUCGAAUAAUUCAUGAUUAAAAUUAUCACAUGUCGUUUUUUUUAUUAUUAUUUUUGCAUUGUGUUGACACUGUAAAGUCAUUUGUCUUUAAUAUUUUGAUUAUUUAUUCCCUAAUAUUCUGCUAAUUAUUUUAGUAUGGCUGGUACUUGCAAAAAACAAGAAACUUCAUUCGAAAUUUGAUUUUUCUUCCUUUUAGGAGAGUUAAAUUGGUUUGAAAUGUCUCUAAAUUAGUUAAUUUAUACGAUUCUAUAGUGAAGUGCUUGAUAAAAUGCUUUAAAGACAAGAUUCGGAUCGAAACCAAGGUACACUAGAAAAAAUCCGGAAACGUUUCUGAGUAUAUCGGGUAGCUUUGGUUGUAUUCCUUCCGCGAGAAUGCGUCGAGAAGUCGCACUUCGCUCUUAAAAAUAAGUAAAAACCAAUACAUAGCUUCAGCUUCAAUCUCAUGGCGAUAAAUUAGCAAAAAAAUACAAGACUUUAUAAUUAUCUUUCAGUGAAUUCAUGCGAGGAACAAAAAUUCUACUAAUCGCCUUGGUGAGUGUUACUUCGCGCAAGCGUCAGCACUCCCUUACUUUUCUAGAGAGAAGAAAAAACUUAUUGCUUUAGAUCAGAAAAAUGCAUUUGUUGGGAGGAUUGAGCAGAAAACUGCUGAUGGCGCUAGGAUUCUGAAUAUACAAAAAAAGCUUUUCGUAAUAAACAAAAAGCUUUCCGAGAUUUUUUACAGUGUAAGAAAAGGUCAACCGGCAAAGUUAACAAAGCGCAAUCGGAGUUUUACAGUUAAAAAAAAUCAUGAAAAAUACACAUUUGAGUGCUGUAAAAGUUUCUGCAGAAUGUAAUGAAACAUAUUGCAUUUAAUUUUCACCCAAAAUUGUUCGCCAAGUUCUUUGAUUAGCUGGAUUAAGUGGAACCUCUUCCCGCAGAACUUUUCUUGUUCGUGCGAAAAACAGAAAUCUUACGCUUUCCGUCGCAAAACCAUUGAUGAAUAAGCUCAAAACGUUUUGGAAUAACGUCUUAUUUACAGAUAAAAUUAAUUCAGCAUGUUUGGUUAAAUUGCUGUAUAAUUUUAAAUAGAAAAAAAAGAGGAAUGUAAUCUUUAGAACUUAGUUGGAUCAGUUAAUCAGGACGGUGAAGGUGUUCUUGUGCGAGGGUACAUAUCAGCAUCAGAACUUGGUAGGUUGGAAUUUUUUGAUGAAAUAAUGAAUCAUGCUGUUCAUUUAAAUGUUUUAAAAAACUAUUUUAAACUAUUAGCCCAAAAUUUGGUUAUCGGAAACAACUUUGUUUUUUACCAAGAUAACGAUGAGAAACACGCGGUUUUCAACGUUUGUGUCUGGUCCCUCCAAAAAUGUCCUUAAGCUCAGAAAUAUCUCCUCAAUAUCGCUCGAUUUAAACUUAACGUAACAUAUUUAGAGAAAUCUGGAGGCUAGAUUACGAAAAUACAGCAUUGAAACGAAAAGCGAACUCGAAAAAGUAUGACUCGAAGUGCAGUUGAACACUUACUCAGAAAUUGAGCAAAAAAAGAAAGAAAAAGCAAUGAAAUCUAUUCUCAGACGUUUAAAAGCUGUUGUUGAUACUGUAUGAUAUUCUACUAAAAAUUAACUUUGUAAAAAGUUAGAUUAUUUACUAAUAUAUAGAUAUUUUUUCAAAGUGUACGAAGACUUUUGUGAGAUUAAGUUUCUGGCACUUUUUGUUUAUCGAUUUCUUAAGAAUCAAGUUUUGUUAUGUUAUUGAAAAUUUUCAUGUAGUUUUGUUGAAAAUAGAUCAUAGAUCUUAUAAUUAAAUACCUAUUCCAAAAUAUUAAUUUUAACCAAUGGUUUGGGGCAUAUUUCGUUGAAAAACGUAAGUGUAUGAACACUUUUGGGAGCCAUGUAUAGCAUUGUUUUUUCAGCUCAAUGUAUUUUUUAACUCCACCUCCCCAUACUAGGAUAUUUGGGGGAGGGGGAUGAGCACCCUCUUUCAGUUGAAAUAGGAAACCAAAAUUCUUCCAGUAUAUUGCUAUCCACUAAUCUAAAAAUACUGAGGGAUGUCUUGUUAUCUAGGAGAAACCUUUUUUUACAUGUAUUUUUGAACCACCUUAAUGUGUACCUACCUAGUUGUUUCAUUUAAAAGAAAACUGAAAAGAGAAAUUCCUUAGUAAAUAUCAUGUUCUUUUUAAUGUCUAUUACCUAAUAAAGUACUAAAAUUAAGGACACAAAAGUUUUUUUUUUUUUAAUUUUUUGAUGUUACUGAAGGAGAAAAUUUAAAAACAG